AAAGCAGAGGAUCAAUCGAAUCGCGAGAGCAGAGUAUGGCUCCAAAUCAGAAAGCGGUCGCGGAAGUAGAAUCCAGAAAUGAGAAUCGAGAAGAGAGAGAUGCGCGAUUUUAGUUUCUCUUCCGAUCGGGACGGAGACGACUGGAGUUGGCGGGUGCAGCAGGGCAGAGGAUUGGUGUCGGACGAGGAGGGAGGGAGAGCAGCUCGUUGGUGGGACCUCGGUCGGUCCUGCGUGCAUCCAGCUCAGUGUCGAGUAGCAGCAGCAGCAGGGCUGACUUCUUCUUCUGCUGCUGCUCUGCGGAAAGACGAACAACUUUACGACUUUCUGUCGACGAUUUCCAUCUUCGACCUCCCCUUUGCAACAACUGCUGCUCUCUACUCUGCUCUACGAGAGGAGAUUAUUCCUUCCACGACGGAAGAACGCAUGUGCAAUUGCAUGCGGUGCUUUCCCCGGACGUCGCAACAUUCGAAAGAGCUGGACUAUUCUCGGACCUGAUAACUGCCCAUCAUUGUCGAGCUUGCUCGCAGCUCAUCAUUCGCUCCACCACACCUCGUCCGUCGUCUUUGACCGCCGCAAUUCCCACCUACCACCACCCCGAGGCUAUGGUCCCCGUCUCAGAAUUCUAGCUCUGAACCCCGAGGCAUCCGCACUGCCCCUCCCCACUACAGCUGCACCAUCACUCACAGGCUUCAGCUGCCGAACCGGAACCCCCGCUGCCUUGAUGCUCACUCCACACGUCCCAAAUCAGCGCACUCUCGCCCCCCAAAUGACCUCUACACGAAUCUACCGACAGCAAGCAAGCAAGCAAUCUCGCUGCCUCGGCGAUCAAGUUGGCGGUCGACUUCUUCGGGACUUUCACCCUCUCUCUCUCUCCCUCUCCGAGCAUCGCUCAGUUUCAUGCCUCGUCGGCGCGUUGCACCAGUUCCUCGGAGGUCGCCAUUCGGUCCAGCGUCGUCGGGCGGAGUUCGAGUCGCAGACUUUCUCGGGCGCAUGUCCUGAGGAGGCGAGGCGAGCGAGCUCCGCGAGAUAAAAGCUGCUUAAUCAAGUACGCACUUCGUUGUCAGGCGUGGAUUCUGUGGGAUGCUGAUUCUUUGCUUCCUGCUCAAUUUUCUCUCCCUCUUCUGCCCGAGAUGACGUGCCUUCUUCGAUGGAUCGACCAGCUAUGGCUCGCCGUGGCUGGCUCGCUGGCUCGCUGGCUGGCCAGUCCUCACUGACCAGGCAAGGGCCAUGUCAGUGUUCAGUACCGUUCUGUUCUGUGUUGAGUUGUGUAAGCUCCUUCUCUCUCUCUCUCUCCCUCCCUCCCUCCCUCCCUUCAGCUUGCUUCUGGGGCCAAUGAAGGCAGCAGGUGGAUUGUCAGCAUAUUUCUGGCGCCCUGCUUCACAUGAUUGAACUGGAUAUCUGUAAUCUGGCAGACGACCCACUUUACUCAACAUCUUCGUCUUGUGCUUCGACAGCUCGCUCGUGUACAUGCGAGGACAGCAGAGCACACGUACAGGCGCCCCUGCGUUUACAGAUGAUGCACUCUGCCUGCAGUACAGUCACGUCCGUGAGUAUGGUAUUGUGGUGACCAUCUGCACUCCCUCUCUGUGGUUCUGUCACCAGUUUUGAAAUUAAGCUCUUCCGACUCCUUCACAUGAGGUAGCUCAUUUCUCACGACUGAAGUGAAUGGAGCUCGAAGCCCUCCUCGCUGAAUCUGCUAGACAGAGUGUUUCCUCCUAGGUUGUUGUAAUGUGAAGUAAGCCAGGUAAUCGUUCGUUGGCUGGGCCUUCAGAGCUUCUGCAUUUUGUCAGGAUUUUUUUUAACACACAUUGAAUGUUUGAAGUCCUCCGUGAUGCUUGAUUCUUCUUUUUUUGGGCAUGUAUCAUGUAUUGGUGUAGUUUACACUUGUCUAACGUGUUUUAUGUCUCGAAUUCUCACAGAGGUAGUCUCCGCAAAGGGCGUGGCCGACCAAAGCCAAUGGAGUCAUGUGAUUUCUUUUUGCCAGGUGAAUGUGUCUCUGCUAGAUAUGGCUGAAGCUUGGAGUGAAGCUGUUUGACCACCCGUCACAUGAGACUGGCAAUAAGUCUGUGGCAAAUGUCUCAGGCGAGGAAAGCUUGAGAAACAUGGCAUUCAUGAGAACAUCCAAUAUGGCUCACGGCAGUUAGAGAAUUGAGUGAAUGAAUGCACGACGUCUGAGUAAAGCACGGCCUCCAAAGUCUGGCAACGAAACAGAGAAUGUAUGCUGGGCACCUGCGUUCACGACGUUACUGAUUCGCCCUGAAAAAACCUCAGAACAAGGAAGCUUCAGAGCCAUGGCAUUCAUCAUAACAUCCACCAUGGCUCACGGCAGUUGAAGAAGUGAGUGAAUGCACGACGUUUCAGUCAAGCACGCUCUUCCAAGUGUGGCAACGAAGCAGAGAAUGUAUGCCAAGCAGUUGCCUUUACGAGGUUGUUGAUUCGACGUGGAAAAAUGAUAUUAAAAUGCGGACCGGACAGCCACAACAGAUAUGUACGCCAUGCAUCGCCCCUCCGGCAGGUAGUUAGAUAUGCAUUGAAUUCGCUAAGGCAUCCUCGGCCUUCGCGUUCUGGAUUCCUCGAUUCAGUCUCGUUUGGUCACCGUACACGGGCUAUGGCAUGGGCUGUUUUUGGCUGAGUGAAGGCCUGGAGGCAGAAAACGUCGUUUCUCGUUCAGGAGUUGUAGCGACGUCGAUUUCGACACCCCAAAAUAUACUCUGUCAACUUAGUGUUAUCGGAGCUCAUGCUUCCACCGGCAUAAACGCCUCGACAAGACUACACCCAGGAGAGGCAACAUGGAUUUGGCUCGAAUCGUUAACCAGCUGCGCGUCGUAUUGUGAGCCUGGACUUCCACACGUACGAGUCCAAGCAAAAGAUCAGAGCUUCGAGGCUCAUUGUUUGAUGUGGAUACUAUUCCGGGUGGCAAGCUUCACAUAAUCUCUUUUUUCCUGAGCUAAAGAUAUCAAUUCUUCAGAAUUUCAGCUCUUUUCAUCAUUUCCCUCACAACAGGGCUUUGCGCAUCAUGUCGGAGCCCCACGGUCGGUGGCCCUGAAAUUCGCAUCACGACUCCAACCCCACGGGGAAAGGCUGUCCUGCUGUACAUCUUCUCCGCCACUGUUGGGCAUCGAAAGGCUCCGACAUGUCGUGCCGCUUGUGACUUCGCUUUGGAUGGGCUUCUAUGCAAGAUUGUGAAACCGCAACUUCGUUCAAGUUCGGUUGUGCAAGAUUCGUAGAGAGGUGGACAUCUCAUCUACGUUCCGAUGCAUAUUGUUACAACGAGGAAAUGGGGACUCGUCAACACGAAUCACGCCCAACGAAGAUGAAACAAGUGUUGUUACACCGCAUUCCUGCUAGACGAAAAUACUCCCUGGAUGAUAGAAGUCUUUGCACGAAUCGUUCUUCCGAUUCUUGAGGUG